AUGGGUGAUGAAUUAAAUGUAACCUAUGUAAUUCUUGGUGGGCACGUGGAAGUUGAGAAAUACAGAUAUCUUUAUUUUCUGGUUAUAUUUACAGUAUAUAUUCUGAUAAUCUGCAGUAAUUCUACCAUUGUGUACCUGAUCUGGACUCACCAAAACCUCCAUGAGCCCAUGUACAUUUUCAUUGCAGCUUUGUUGCUGAACUCUGUUCUUUUGAGCACUGUUAUUUACCCAAAGCUUCUGGUUGACUUUUUAUCUGAGAAACAGAUCAUAUCUUACUCAGCCUGUCUCUUUCAGUUUCAUAUAUUUUACUCUUUAGGUGGUUCAGAAUUCCUACUGUUGGCAGCCAUGGCCUAUGACAGGUAUGUGUCUAUAUGUAAACCUCUGCAAUAUCCAACUAUCAUGAGGAAAACUACUGUCAGUAUUUUCUUGUUUUUUGCUUGGCUUCUUCCUGCCUCUCAGGUUGCAGUACCAGCUGGACUGAGUGCUAAUAAAAAACUCUGCAGCUUCACUUUGAAAUCAAUUUUUUGUAACAAUACAGUUUACAAACUUCAAUGUGUUGUCUCAAGUGCGCAGAUUAUACAUGACAUGGUCAUUUUGCUGAAUGUCGCACUUCUCCCUGUGCUCUUCAUCCUGUUCACAUACACCAGGAUACUGAUCAUAUCAUAUCGAAGCAGUAGAGAGGUCAGGAAAAAAGCUGCACAGACCUGUUUACCUCACCUGAUAGUUUUAGUCAACUUCUCCUGUCUGUGUGCAUAUGACGUUGUUACAGUUCAACUGGAAUCAGAUUUUCCAAAAACUGUGCGUUUAAUAAUGACAUUACAAAUAGUAAUGUAUCAUCCCCUCUUUAAUCCAAUCAUGUAUGGACUAAAAAUGAAAGAAAUUUCUAAACACCUCAAGAAGCUGUUCUUUCCAGCUAAAAUGAUUUGA